CCUGACUUUUUGUUAUAAAAAAUAAUUAAUUUGUGUUAUUUUAAUGAAUUUGUAGUGUGUGUAUAAUUUCUAAUAAAUAUUUAUUAACUAUGUGAUUUAAAAAUAAUAAAUACCUUCGAUAUAAUACCUAUUUCUAUGGUAAAUAGAAAAUAUAGUCUGAUUUUAUUGGUUACAUUUUAUGAAGAUUAUCAGCUAUAAAAAUGGCAAAAUCUCAAAUAAAUACAAAAUCAUGUAAUUACAUUAAGGAUAAAGAUGGUUUCCUAAGGGAACUUAGACAGUUUAAUGAAUCCAAGAAUAUACCAUGGAAGACACCGGUAGUGAAUGGUGUGGAAAUUGACUUAUAUCAAUUCUAUUCAUUGGUACAACAACGAGGGGGCCUCAGUAAGGUAAAUCAAAAUGACUCAUGGGAAUCAUUCUUGCGACCCUUGCGACUACCACAUCCAUGUGUCAAUGGUUCCACACUACUACGUAGAAUUUAUGGAAUGCAUUUAGAAAAAUAUGAAAGGGCCAAGGGUCCGCCAGGUAGAGACGACGACAAUGACAUGGACGAGGACCCCAGGAGGACCCGAGGGGGUGGAAUGCCGCGAAUAUCAUUCGGUGGUGGUAUAUAUAUUUCAGCUUCAGGAGAGACCAUUCAAACUGGUACACGUAUAGCAGGCCCCUCAGAAAGGCUGGCCCUCUCACUUCUCUCUCCGAUGCCGAACGAGCAGGAUUUCGCUGUGAAUGUGUGCACAGUUUUGGCCGCAGACCAUUCAAACAGAUUACCUUUGUCAACCACUCCGCAUAUAUUGGACUUCCUAUUGGCUCAUGCUGGUGUUUAUAACCACUCGAGUCUACGCGACACAAUUGGCCGUUCAUACUUCGAGGCUCGAGGUCGGUAUCCAGAUGAUUUCUGGAGCAUGAGAGCUGGUGGUGGAGGGGCUAAAGAACUAGCAGAUGAAAUGAAAUUUAUGCAGCCAGGUGUAGAACAGCCAGAGUUAAUGGUGCAAGCACUAGCUGCCCACAAUGCGCUCACCGACUGUCUAAUGCAAGAAGAUGAACUUGGGGAUAUCACUGAGAGGGCGGAGAAGAUCGUUGAAGAGAAUUUUAUGUUAAACCGUGUCUCUACAAAGUCUCAAGAAAUAGAAGACUGGGUUACUGAACCGUCAGAAGAGAACCAGCUCUUCGCACCAGAGUUACCUGGCGGAGCGUCGUGUGUGUAUACACAGAGAGUCCUGCAAAUUGCUUCUAUAGUUCGUUCCCUGUCGUUCCAUGAGGAAAAUGUGCAAUAUCUGGCUAAAAACACUACGCUUAUCAGGUUUUUGCUGUUAUGUGCUAAUUGCUGGGUGGGAACGCUGCGGCAGUCCGGACUCGAUACAUUGGGCAAUGUGUCAGUUGAACUUAUUAUUAAGGAUCCAGCCACGUGUCUGAUAUCGCGACACGUUCUGUCGACGAUACAGUCUGCGCUGGUGUCGCCAGACCGGGCAAGAGUGCUCGCCGCUCUCGAGCUGCUCAACAAACUCGCUCAGAACGAGGCCAAUGAAGACGCGCUCCUCAAGGCUUUGGAGGCUAAGGUGUACGCAGACGUGUGCGCUCUGCUGACUCUCCGCGACAUCAUGGUGCUGGUGUGUACGCUGGAGUGCGUGUACGCGCUGACGUCACUGGGCGACCGUGCGAGCGAGGCAGUCGCACGCGUGCCCGGUCUCGUUCACACGCUUGUAUCACUUGUCACUGUUGAGGCACAAAGCUACGGACCACGUGCGUGUAUUUUAAUGCGCGUCGUGGAAACAGUAAGCGGUCCGAGUGCGCUCGCUGCAGUUAAUGCGGCGAACGCUGCAAGCGCUUCGAGCGCUGUAAGCGCUAGCGACCGUGAUCAAGCCGCUGAACGGCAGAUUGUGACCACAACCGGACAUAUUCAGCACACGGCGUUGAAGACAGUGACGGAGUCCCCCGCAGCCCCCGCGGCCUCCCCCGCCCCCGCCCCCGCCCCCGCCCCCGCCGCCGCCGCCGCCGCCCCCGCCGCCGCCGCCAACAGCACCGCCGCGACAGCCGCCGCCACCACACCACUCUCCAACAUACAACAGUCGCAUUUACAACAGAGGACUGUGCAGGAGAACGAGCACUUCGCACAAGCGUGGUUGAGAUCAAGUUUCGAGCCGCUGCCAGCGAAUGACAACAGCGCUAGUGAUGCUGCAGAACUGUAUCGCCAGUACCUCGCCUGUUGCAAUAAGCUUGGCCGAAAGGGGGUCAUCGCUCCCGCGCAUUUCCCACGUCUUGUCAGGACGGUAUUCGGUGGUACAGUGGGCCCCAACACUGUCACAUUAUCCAGCGGAGAAACACAACAAGUGUAUAUUGGUAUACGCUCAAGAAAUGCACAGAAUAGACCUAAUCCACCAGCAGGACCAUCGUCUCCAAUUCUGAAGGCGCAAUUGACGAAUAAACCAGCCGAAGCCAAACCAGUAGUAACACAAUCGCAGCCUCAGCCACAGCAGCCGGUGGUCUCCCAUCCGCAUCUCUCUCAAGCACUGGAGUCAGGUUCAUCGAACACGACCCUGAUAAAGCAUCUCCUCGCCCACAAAGUAAGCCCCGCACACCAACAGCAUCAAGUUGCUCAAAGACAACAAAACCAGCAGAGACCGCCGUCAGCACCCUCAGUCGUUGUGCAGUCGAAUCAGGCAAUGGAUGUAGACCCGGAGGCUCUUAUCAAAUGUACGACCAUAACGCCCGGCGGUGUUGCCAGUAGUACUCCAGUCGGUGAAAAGAUUAUUAUCAACGCACCGGAAGAAGUGGUUCCAGUAAAAGAAGAGCCGGUGCAAAUACAGAUAGAUGAACAGUCUCAAUUAACUAUUAAAACGGCGCAAAAUAAAAUGCUUGCGGACUUAUUAGAGAAGAAAUCAAAUCCUCCAGUACAAGUAGUGCAAAUGACGCCGCAAUUAAACGCGCCCACCAUUCAAAUCACCGAGACCGGUCAAAUCGUUCAAGUCAAACCUGACACUAAUCCAGUGAUACAAAUCAACGCAGAUCCAGCUCUGGUAUCCCAACCCGGUCAGUAUUUUCAAAUUAAGAAUGAACAAGGUCAGAUAAUUCAAAUAAAGAAUGACCAAGGUCAAAUUAUUCAGUUAAAAGGUGAUCAGAUACAGGCACCACUGAUGCAAUUUAAAAAUGACCAAGGUCAGAUUGUUCAAAUAAAGAAUGAGGGGAAUAUUAUACAAAGUCAUAUUAUACAACAGGGUGUGGUACAGAAUAUAAAAUCUGAUAAAGAAAUUAUUGAUACUGAUCAUUCAUAUACAGAACCUCCGAGUAAGAAGACGAAGUACGACGAAAAAAGAGAGACAACUUCUCCGCAGGAGAGCGUGUCGAAAACUGCAGCUAAUUUGUACGCAGCUUUAGCGGCUUCGGCGCUGGAAGACGAAGAGGAUUUGAUACCCCCAAAACAAGAGCCAGUAGAAGUGAUACAGCCGUCAGUAUUGGUUGCCGGAACUGGAGACAACGCUUCAGUUAUCAUACAAGAACCUAUUUUACAGGUACAGCAACCCGCUGUUCAAAUGCAACCGCCAUCGUUGCAAGUUCAACAGCCAACUUUGCAAGUUCAGCAACCGACGUUACAAAUGCAGGGUUCUACUUUACAGGUACAACAACCAACUUUACAAGUACAACAACCGAUGUUGCAAGUGCAGCCUAUGGAUGUCCAAAAUAUCAUCGCAUCACAAUCAGGACAGAUAAUUUUACAAGAAAAGUCAAUCGCAUCACAACCGACACAAUUUGUACAGCAACCUAUGCAAAUUAUUGCAACACCUGGUACCUCUCAAGGUGGUCUGAGUUAUAUUACGCAGAAUUUGCCGGGCAAUAUGAUGCAGAAGACGAUCAUCAUAGUUCAAGGACCUACAGGAGGUGGUCCACUUACGUUAACGGUGAACAACCCCGGGGGGCUGGACGAGGCCACGUUGAACAGCCUUAUUGCUCAAGCAACAGAGGCUAUAACACAACAGCAAAUCAUUCAGAAUUCGGGCGUGAUACAAUCAACUCAGAGGGUGAUAGUGAGUCAGCCCACCCUAGUGAGCACGUCACAGCCAAUCACUGUGGUGAAAACGGCCAUCGCUCAGAAUACAUCGCAGAUAACACCCAGUCAGCAACCUGUAAUAACAACCCAACCGCAACCACAUAAAGCUCAAAUUGUCAACACGGCGCAACAGCAACAAAUUGUUGUAACACAGAAACAACCGCCCUCAUUGAUCAGCACGGCGUCCAGUAACCAGCAAAUAAUACAAGGCAACCAGCAACUGUUGCAAGGGAACCAGCAGAUAAUAGCGGUUUCUAAUAAUCAGCAGAUAAUUGUGAAUGCUCCGAUGAAGGCGGUUGUUCAGCAACCACAAAGGAGGCAGGUGGUUACUAAUGUACAACCAAGUGUUGUUAGUCAAUCAUCUGUUAUUCAGAGUGACAGUAAAACUAGUGUUAUCCAAACUAACGCGAAGGCAGCUCAGCCGGCAAUGCGUCAAGUCAUUACUCGGCAGCCAGUCAUGGUUGGCAAUACGAAAAUAGGCGAUAAGGAGUUGAUAGUGACGCAGCCCGUUACUGAAAAACCAACACCACCGAAACCUUCGGCGACGCCACCACUGCAACCGACCACCCCACAAGAAGAUACGCCUUGGAUAUGUCACUGGAGGGGUUGUGGCAAAACGUUCUCGAAUGCGGCGGACGUGUUCUCGCACGCGGCGCGCACGCAUUGUCCGCCGUCGGCCGCGGGGGAGGCGCCCUGUCUGUGGCUCGACUGCGACCGCGUCCCGCGCAAGACUUUCGCGCUACUCAACCACCUCACCGACAAGCACUGCUCCGCGCAAGCAUUAAAAACGCUAUAUAAUUCGCGACGCCACGCAGCGGCGGAGGCCGAAGCCAACAAGCCAGUGUCGCUGGGAUACCCACCAAACGCAGCACUGGCAGCCCUGAAUAAACAUGCAGCUGAUAUGUUCAACCCUAGGGAGCUAAUGCACAGGGCCGAACUCAGUCGCACACCGGAGCAGCUGGAUGAAAAUGAAGGUCCAGUAACGAAGAGUAUAAGGUUGACAGCUGCCCUGAUACUUAGGAAUAUUGUAAUAUACUCCAAUACUGGACGACGACAACUUCGCUCUUAUGAAGCUCAUCUGGCGUCGAUUGCACUCAGCAGCGUGGAAGCAUCUCGAACCAUUGCCCAAGUGCUGUAUGACAUGAACAACAUCUGAGAAUCGUCUGACGGGCUCAGGCCCGACUAUAUAUAACAAAGAUCAAGAAACAGCUGACAAACAGAUAUUCGAUAAAAUAAAUCUACGUGUAGAUUUACUAUAUGGUAUACUUUGUUUUUUAAUAGAUACCUAUAUUCCAAAACAAAGUUUCUGAGACUAUCUGCAUGUUCGCGAUAAUAUCAAAAACCGCUGAACAGAUUGUAACGCGGUUUUCAUAUAUCAACAGCGAUAUCUGAGGAAGAUUUGCG